AUGACCCGCAUCACUAUAGAGUUGCUUCGCAGGCGUUCUGAACACAAUGAAGGCUGUCUCAGUAAUUUGAAAGAAAUAACUCUACAUCAACAGGAUAUCGAGAAGAUUGAAUUAAUCGGGGACAUUUGCCGGCAAUUGGAGAUCGUAUACCUAUGUAAUAAUUACAUUAGCAAAAUUGAGGGACUAAUACAUCUCAAAUGGCUUAAGUAUUUGAAUCUGGCAAUUAAUAAUAUCACUCGUAUUGAGGGUCUCGAGGGCUGUGAGUCUUUGGAGAGACUGGACCUAACGCUCAACUUCAUCGCCGACCUUUCCACUGUGGACUCACUACUCGCGAAUCCAUUCCUAGAAACACUCCACCUAACGGGGAACCCCUGCACCCAGAUUGAGGGCUACCGCGCCUAUGUGUUGCACACUCUCCCACAUAUAAAGGAUCUUGAUGGUGAGGAGAUCAUUCGCGCCGAUCGCAUCACCGCGCGACAGUCCGAGGCGGUCAUCUCAGAAACCGUCGGGGAAGAGGCCCUUAAGGCGCGUGAGGCUGAGCGCAUCAAGGCUGAGAUGAUAGCGAAGGGCAUCGAUCCAUUUCCUCCCAAGUAUAACGAUAAAGGUGAGCGCGUGUAUGGUCAUACCCCUGAAGAACGGCUCCAGAUGCUGCGAGAGCAGGAAAAUAUAGAGGCGGAGCGGCGAAGGAAGCAGGAGGAGCCCGUUCCGGGAUCCAUAUCCGCCCUUCACAAGGAGCUCAAUGCGAAAAAGAAGCCCUUGACGCCUGAGGAGGAGAUUGAAAAGUAUGGACGCCUCUUGCUGCGCAACGAGGGCAAAGUGCCAUUUGAGGUCGAUCAAGACGGUCCAGAGGAGGUUGUCGUGACCGUGGAGCCUGGCAAGUUUAUCUCGACAACGCUGCUCAACGUCCAAGUCGAGGUCAACUGCAUACGGGUUUACAUCAAAGGCAAGUUACUGCAGAUCCCACUGGAGGUGGAGCUCUCACCCGAUAAAGCUCGCGUGCAGCGCUCGUCUACAACCGGGCAGCUGAAGGUGAUGGUGCCACUCACCGAGGCCGAGCGUGAGGCCCGCAGCCGUCGCAGUUACCUCCGAUUCAAAACUCGAUUUGCCUCCAAAGAUAUGGCAGACGACAACAAGGCAGGGGAGGCUGACGCCUUCGGAUCCAAGGGGGAUGGUUGCGCUGGCGAAAAUGCGGAAAAGGAGAAUAGCUUAUCCAGAGCAGGCAAUAAACUGCCUGCCUCCGCAGCUUGCGGCGGGGUUGCUUCAGAUGCGGGUGCCGCAUCUCAAAAGACUCAUUCACGCAAGGAUUUGCUCUUUCCUGAGGAUCUAGCCAAGGAAGAGUCGAAGGGGUUGAACGUGUUAGGGGACCAUGCACCAAAUUCGGGCCUACCGCGCUCGUUGAUAAAGGAAUUGAACUCCUUUCCAGCGCCUGAUGUGGAAACGAAGGAUGAGCCUCGCACGCUGCUAGAUGUUGACUAA